AUGACAGCUGCAAACGAGAACGACACUGGACUGGAUGCUAAUGGAAAUCCCCUCCCUGUGGGUGGUGCACCGGGUGCUGCAUCGGCGGGGAGCUCUAGGUUCAAGUGGUGGAUGGGCCUGAUCAUCGCUCUGGUUGUGGCCGCGGCGCUGCUGGCUCUUGGGACGUACCUGAUCAUGAGCCGCAGAAGGAAGAAGCUGCAGGCAGCUCAGGGGAAGCACCGCGAUCUUGACAGUGCAGGGAAUGGCUGCCUCAAUGGGGGCUCAAGCCUCCAGAAUGGCACGGGGUCAUCUGGCAGGCAGAGAGGCACGGUGGGCUCCCUGGAGAGUGCGGAGCUCAUAUCUGAGCAGGCGGACAAGAAGGAUGACACGCCCAGCACGCAGGAGCUGGACCUGUCAGCCCCCAACAGCGCCAGCGGCUCAGGCAGCAGGGAAGGAGUGGAUAGGCUGGCGUCUAGGGGAACACCGGGCACAGGGACUCCCGGGACGCGGAGUGCAGGGAAGGAGAGCGCGCUGCUGGGAAUCCAGGACCUGCUGCGGCAUCGCUCUGAGGUGGGGCUGGAGGCGCUGGAGCUGGGGCCCCUCAUAGGCCGGGGGUCCUUUGGACGCGUGUACAAAGGGCGGUGGAGAGCUGGAACCGUGGCUGUCAAAGUCAUCAACCAUGACAAGCACGUGGGCAACAACUUUGACGCCCUGCGCGAGUCGGUGCUCUGCUCCAACAUCCAGCAUCCCAAUGUGGUCAUGACCUACAAGGUGCACACCGUCACACAGAACCAGACAGAGGCGGUGCACAACAGCGUAGGCCUAGCCAACCGCCCGUCUGGCUCAGGCAGCAGCUCUCCGGCUGUGGUCCUGACAAUCAACAGUGCGGAUGGCGAGCGGGUGCUGGCUGACCAGCUGCUGGAGACAUGGAUGCUUCUAGAGUACUGUGACCAGGGCAACUUGGAGGCUGCUGCCAGAGAGUCGCGCUUCAAGAACGAUUUUGCGUCCAUAUACUUGUGCCUGAUGGACAUAGCGAGCGGCAUGGACUACCUGCACUCCCUUGGGGUGUUGCAUGGGGAUGUGAAGGGUGCCAAUGUGCUCCUAAAGACCACUGCGCCCACCGCAUACGAUCCGCGCGGUUUUGUGUGCAAGAUGGCGGACUUUGGCCUGUCGCGCGUCUUGGAGAGCGAUGCCACUCAUGUGUCUACCUUCACCUAUGGGACUGCAGCCUACAUGGCUCCAGAGCUGCUGCAGAAGGGCAAGAUGACGAGGGCUGCAGAUGUGUACAGCUUUGCCAUGAUCAUGGUGGAGCUGUUCACGUGCAAGCGGCUGUUUGAGGGUCUCGCGCAGCAGCAGAUCAUGUACCAGGUAUUUUCGGGGCAGAAGCCGCCGCUGAAUAAGGACGGCAUGCCCAAGGCAUAUGAGGCCUUGAUCGAGGACUGCUGGCACGACAGCCCCGACGAGCGGCCGACCUUUGCAGCCAUCCUGCAGCGCCUACGGGAGAUGUAUGCGCAGGAGCGCCAGCGGCUUUUUUCUCUCAGUCAGUCCAAUGGAGCAGCCGCCAGUUAG